GUUCAAUUACUCCAGGCUUUCUACACGCCCUCACUCGCGUCUAUCGUCAGGUCAAGGUGGUAAACUGAUAUAACGCACCACAUUCAUCUUUACGUCCUUCCAAUCUAACCUGCGUCAGAUAAUGGACUCAGACUACAUACAUCACAUCCGCCCCAGGGCAAUUAGCAGUCCUCAUCAUCCUAAUUCGCUUCCCCAACACAGGUGUGCCAAAGUAGCUGAGCUACCGGUCUCUCCAUCACCAACAACCCGACUACGCUUUCCGCGGCAUGAAGAUCGGAGUUGUCCACAUAAUUAUACCAGCGCUCAUCCUGUCCAAUGGAAACGCAUAAAUCCUCACGCGCUGGCAUGCGUCAGGGAGCAGGAGCACUACACGCAUAGCAGACAUGAAAACCCAACAGAGCAAUGGGUGAACGAUCAGAUCCACUUGGCAAGCCGGCCAAACCAUGAGCGCCGCUGGAUGAAGCCCACGGAGACAGAGGAACUUCGACAUAGAAUGCGAGAUGAAUUCCUAUAUGAAUAUGAAGUGGGGGCCGAAGCGCAUGGGUGGAUGUCAUAUGAAGAAGAUAUGAGACGAAGAAUGCGGGAGCGCGAGGAGGAGAAGAACCGCCUGAUACAAAACGAAGUUAGACGAAUCCAAGCCCGCGUUCGCCAGCGGAGAGACAGCGAAAGACAUGUCAUUGCUGAAGAGCGAAGACGGGAAGCUGAGAAGGCGAAGGAAAGAGUGAUGAGGGAGCAGGCGAGGCUGGAACGAGCAACAAUGGACGCUUGGAAUGUGUAUGAGUUGCGAUGGGUAGCGCUAUCCGCUGCAUAUGACGGAAUCGUUCUGAAAUUCCGUGAUAUCCCAUGGCCACUACUUAUUCCUCCGCUGACUCCAAGUGAAAUCACUGCGGAGGGAAUCGCAGCAUUUAUUUUGUCGACGGCCCAUUCCCCGGAGCAGUCCCCGAAAGAGAGGAUACGCGCCGCUCUCCUCCGUUGGCACCCAGAUCGAUUCUGCAGAGUGCUGGGGAGAGUGCGAGAAUCGGAGAGGAAUGCUGUCGAGGAAGGUGUAGGGAUUGUGGUUCGAUGCCUGAACGAUCUUCUAACGAAGGAUAACAAGGCCUCCCAUAUGGUAAGCACCGUUCCUCGUGAAAAGUUCAAACCCUAGCACUGCGGUCUGCUCACGGCCAGUCCACUGCAGGCUAGACGAGGAUCGAGGUUAUGAGUGAACCUAUUGCACGACGCUGGCGGAGUCACAACUUGGGGUCAGCACCCAUACCUUAACACAUCAUUUGAUUCCAACUACACUGUGUACAACAGCAAAGGAUGUUCAAGUUCCUGUUAAUAAAGUGUUUCUUCAUAAUAGACUCCAACAUU